GUGCCAUUCCAACGGCCGCUAAAGAUCGCGCUGCUCUUCGGUUCCUCAAAAGAUAUAGCCAUCUAUAUAAUUACGCGCGGCCUACGACAAACGAACGGAAAGAGCAAAUUAAAUGGAGAACGCGAGCUAAAGACACAGAUAGAUAAAAGUGAAACCGAAAGAAGGUUAAGGUUAUACGAAAGCCGAAAGAUCAAAAGUUCUGGGGAGUAUAUAGAAGCCACGACAUGUCCAGUUGGAGUUUGGCCAGUGCGGUUUCGCCAAAUGUCACCGGUGGCGAUGUCAUCCGAUUGAAUAACCUGAAGUCCAGCUCGGAAAACAAUCUGCCAUUGCGGGGAUCUGGGGGAUAUGCAGGAUCUGGAGGAUCUGGAGGACUACCUCGACCCACAACACCCGUGCCCGCCAAGAAAUUGGCCUCCAAGCGACCACCCCACCUGACCCUAAAUAUAAAAUCCAAAUCCCAUGAUGCUCCGCUGGCCGAAACGGAAAACACGGUGCUCUCGGCGACUGAAUCCAUCUAUGGAACUCCAUUGGGCGCCACGCCCAUUUCGUCACCAGCCAACCAAAGUCAACGGAGUCAGAAGAGCCAGAAUAGUGACGAAAGUCGCCACAGCAGCAGUACUGCCACCAGCGGAGGUUCCAUUUUCCCCCACGAACAGUACAAGACCAUCAAAAAGAUCAACAUCGGAUUCGAAAACAUACGCUACACCACCAAAUUCGGAGUCUUCCAGAGGGAUACUAAAGAUGUGCUAAUGGGACUAACGGGUUACUUCAAGUCUGGAGAGCUAAGUGCAAUAGUGGGACCUUCAGGAGCUGGAAAGAGUACUCUGCUCAAUAUCCUUUCAGGAUACACAACCCAUGGCUAUACGGGUGAUUUCCAUGUAAAUGGCAAUCGGCGGGACUUGAAGGCCUUCAAGCCGAAUGUGGCCUUCAUCCGCCAGGAUACGAGUCUGCAGGCCUUCCUCUCCGUCAAAGAGGCGAUGCAUUUUGCGGCCAAUUUGAAGAUCGGCACCCAUAUGACGCUGAGCGAGAAGAGAGAGCGGGUCAAGAGCAUCCUGGAGGCCAUUGGGAUGUACGAAAAUCGGCACACGAGGACGGGCAAGCUGAGUGGAGGUCAGAAGAAGCGUCUGGCCAUUGCCCUGGAGCUGGUGAACAACCCACCCGUACUGAUCCUGGAUGAGCCAACCACAGGCUUGGAUAGUUCCACCUCCGGCCAGUUGAUAAAUCUGCUCAAGAAGCUCGCGAUCGAGGGACGCACAGUCAUCUGCACCAUCCACCAGCCCAGUGCCCUCACCUAUGCCAUGUUCGAUCACCUGUAUGCCAUUGGUGAGGGUCGGUGCAUCUAUGCUGGUGGGGCCCAGAACCUACUGCCCUUCCUGGGAGCCCUCAAUCUGCACUGCCCGGAGUCCUACAAUCCAGCGGAUUACUUAAUGGAAAUAGCCACCCAUGACUACGACACGGUGGAUGACAACCAGCUGGAGAAGCUGGUGGCCCUGAUGGACAAUGGUCGCAAUGAGGAUUACAGACAAAGCAAGACUGCUCGAGUAGCUCAACUGGCGGCCAUGAAGAAAGUUGACCAACUAAUGGCCGCGGGAUUGAUCACACCCGUGACUGCUCCCGUGAUGUCCACACCUGGGCCGACGAAUUUUCUGCAGACCAGUACCUUCAAGCCACUCACACCCAUCAACGAGUUAUCCUCUAGGGUUUGGGAUAGUCAAACAGGGGGAAUCGGAAGUGGUGAGGUUGGGGGAAAGUCCGCCGGAAGUUGCUGUAAGCCAAAGAGCAAGAAGAAACCCAAGCGAGCCUUGGAUUUGGAUCCUUCGCAUCUGUGCAAGAGGCAGAACAUCUACGCCACUCCUUUCUACCGCCAACUGGGCAUCCUGCUGGUGAGAACCUUCCUGCUGAUUUGGCGGGACAGCUCGCUGACCACGAUGCGGUUCGCCAUUCACCUGAUCACAGGGCUGCUCAUAGGAUGCCUAUUCUAUGGGAUUGGCAAUGAUGCCUCCCAGGCGCGUAACACCUUCGGAUACCUCUUCUACACCAUCAUGUUCAUCAUGUACUGUGCGUUCUCGGGAAUCCUGGUUAAGUUUCCCCUGGAGUUCCCCAUUGUUUCCCGGGAGCACUUUAAUCGCUGGUACUCCCUGCGAGCGUAUUAUGUGGCCAUCACCCUGGCCGACCUGCCCAUCCAGGUCAUCUGCAGUGCCUUGUUCAUAGUGCCCACCUAUCUGCUGACCCAACAACCCCUGGAGUGGUGGCGGUUCGGCAUGUUCUUCCUGAUUGUCUUCGUUACGGCUCUGGUCUCGCAGAGCAUUGGAUUGGCGGUGGGAGCGGCCCUUAGCCUCAAGCUGGGCUCCAUUCUGGGACCCUUCUUCAUCUGCCCGUUCCUUCAGUUCAGCGGGUUCUUCCUGAUGGAGAAGGACGCUCCGGUCUUGCUGCGCUGGAUGUUCGACAUAUCGUUCCUCAAGUACAGUCUGGAGGGAGCCAUGGUGGCCAUUUUUGGAUAUGAUCGCGAGAAAUUGGUCUGCGAGGAGAUGUACUGCCAUUAUAGGGUGCCCCGCUUUAUACUUAAGGAUUUCGACUUUGCCAAUGCCAACUAUAUGCACGCUCUAAUCUUCCUGCUCGGCCUUUUGCUCUUCCUGCGCAUCCUGGCCUUCUACAUCAUGUCCUUCCGCCUCAGAUUGUUCAGAUCAACAAUCAGCCGCCGUUCGAUGGCCGAUAACGCAGUACAAAUUCAGGCAAAUGGCCUGGUCCAAAAGCAAAAAGCCCUAGAACUGCAUUUUAGCCAAGUUAGCUAUAGUUUGAGGGGAGCCACGAAGGGUUCCAGUCCCAUUCUUAACGAGGCAUGCGGAGUCUUCAAAUCGGGACGACUUACGGCUAUUCUGGGUCCUUCGGGAGCCGGAAAGUCCACAUUGCUCAAUGCUCUGGCUGGUUUCAAACUCCAAGGAGUUACAGGGCAGUUCCUAAUAAAUGGUCGACCCAGGGAUAUGAUAUCCUUUCGGAAAAUGUCCGCCUAUAUUGCUCAGGACUUUGUGAUGUUAAAUCUCCUAAGUGUCGAGGAGACAUUACGGGUCUCUGCUGACCUGAAGAUGCCCAGUUCCACAGCACCGCAAGAAAAACAGAAAAUUAUAGAUGACAUUAUCGAGAUACUGCAGCUGCAGUCCUGUCGCAGGACCCUGGUGAAGAAUCUAUCCGGAGGCGAGCACAAGCGUCUGUCCAUUGGCAUUGAGCUGGUCACAAAUCCGCCCAUUAUGUUCUUCGAUGAACCCACCAGCGGAUUGGAUUGUGUGGCCAGUUACCAGGUGAUCUGCCAUCUGCAGCGACUGGCCCACGAUGGCAGGAUAGUGGUUUGUGUGGUCCAUCAGCCGGGAUCGCGACUCUUUCAACUCUUCGACGAUGUGCUGGUUUUGGCCCAUGGGGAGGUUCUCUACUCGGGCGAACAGCGGGAAAUGCUGGGUUCCUUUGCAGAAUCGGGUCAUAUCUGUCCACAGUACUACAAUCCUGCCGAUUUUGCUCUGGAAGUUUGCAGUCAAUCUUCUACCACAGAGCGCUGUGAGUCCCUCAUUACCCAAAACAAGAAGAUGCGUUGCAGUUCCACCAAUGUGGUGAAGCUCCAAGUGGAUGAGGAGACAGCACUGAUCGAUGUCCACAAGGAUACCUUGGAUUUGUCACAUUUGCGUGGCAAGGAGCAGGUGGGCUUCUGGUUCCAGCUGAGCGUACUGCUUCGUCGGCAUUUACGAUCUAUGUCAAGGGAUAUGGUCGCUGUCCAAAUGCGUGUGGUGAUGCACGUGGUGGUGGGCCUGCUUCUGGGCGUGGUCUACUGGCAGAUAGGAAGCGAUGCCGGAAAAAUAGUAUCCAAUGUUUCCUGCCUGUUCUUCAUCAUCCUGUUCGUCUUCGCCGGCAAUGCGAUGCCCUCGAUCCUGCUGUGCAUGCAGGAUUCAGCGGUAUUCAUCAGGGAGUACUACAAUGGUUGGUACUCUCUGGGAGCCUACUAUCUGUCCAAGGUCCUGGCCGACCUGCCCCUGCAGUUGACCUGCCCCACCUUGUUCAUUAGCAUUGGGUACUAUAUGACGGGUCAGCCGCCGGAAUGGCCGCGAUUCGCCAUGUGCUGGGCCCUUUGUGUGAUGACCGCUUUUAUUGGCCACUUUAUAGGGGUUAUAGCGGGAUCCCUGUUUCCCAUGCAGUUGGCCAUAUUCCUGGUGCCAAGUGCCACGAUACCCUUCCUCCUCUUCUCCGGCUUCUUCAUCCGGCUGAACGAGCUUUCCUGGUUUCUGCGACCCAUCUGCGAUGUGUCCUUCUUCAGGUACAUCUUCGAGGGCCUGAUGAGAGCCAUCUAUGGAUACGAUCGUGGGGAACUGGAGUGCCAUGCCGCAAUGAACUUCUGCUACUACAGGACGGCUGAUCAUUUCCUCAAGGACUUUCAGAUGCAGGGCGAUGAGUUCGGCUGGGAUAUGGCUGCCCUGGGGAUGUUCGUCGUCCUCCUGCUUUUGGCAUUCUUCGUGACCCUCAGCACGGUCAUCCGAAGGGCUCUUCGGUGAUAUGAUUGGGUAGUUCCUGGGUCUUAAAUGUAUUUAAGUUCAAGUAAUAGAAGCAUUUUGUAGGCGGGGUAAACAUAAAUGAAAAUAAAGUCUUAUUUUUGUGAAAUAUA